UGGAAGCUUCUUUUACUUUUAGUAUGUUGACCAAAUUGAUAUGGUCUAUUCUUAUGUGAACCAAAAUCAAUUACUUUGACUUGGAAAAAUUUGUUUUUCCACUGUUGGAAAGGCUUAUCUUCGACAAGGUAGUCAAUAUUUUCAAGAUUGGAGGAACGAAAGUUGAGAUCUUGAUUAGUAUCCUCUGGAUAUAUCGGGUUCAUUUCUCGUAUGGCUGUUGCCAAGAGCAGCAACAGCAACACUGAAUCAUCACUUAAUUCAUGUAGUUGCUAUAAAGUUGCAAACCUGAGUGAUACCAUUUUGGAUGCGAGUCAUACUGCUAAUCUGCAUGAUCGUUACGUUCUCGGAGAACAGCUGGGGUGGGGCCAGUUUGGGAUAAUUAGGACAUGCUCUGACAAGUUCACUGGAGAGGUGUUGGCCUGUAAAUCAAUUGCUAAAAAUAGACUGGUGACUCAGGAGGAUGUGCGAAGUGUUAAGCUUGAAAUUGAAAUAAUGACCAGGCUUUCUGGCCACCCGAAUGUCGUAGAUCUCAAGGCGGUUUAUGAGGAAGAAGAUUAUGUACACCUAGUAAUGGAGCUUUGUGCUGGGGGAGAACUUUUCCACCAGCUUGAGAGGCAUGGUAGAUUUUCCGAGGCUGAGGCUAGGGUUCUCUUCCGUGACCUAAUGGAAGUGGUGAUGUACUGUCAUCAUAAAGGCAUUGUACACAGAGAUCUUAAGCCGGAGAACAUUCUCUUGGCUACAAAGGGUUCUUCUUCUCCGAUAAAAUUAGCUGAUUUUGGUCUUGCAACCUACAUCAAGCCAGGUCAAAGUUUGCAAGGUACUGUUGGCAGCCCAUUUUAUAUAGCUCCAGAGGUCCUGGCAGGAGGUUAUAAUCAAGCAGCUGAUAUCUGGAGCGCUGGUGUUAUUCUUUACAUUCUUCUUAGUGGAAUACCACCAUUUUGGGGGAAGACAAAGUCAAAGAUCUUUGAUGCUGUCAGGGCAGCUGAUUUGCGGUUUCCUUCUGAUCGCUGGGAUACAAUAUCGUCUUCAGCAAAAGAGCUGAUUAAAGGAAUGCUAUGUACAGAUCCUUCUCAGAGGCUUACGACUCAGCAAAUUCUAGAUCAUGCAUGGGUACGGGAUAGCUCUCCGCAUUUCAAUGAGCCAUGCCUUGAAGUGCAUUCAGAUGAAGGCUCCUCCUGUUGCUCUUCUCUUAUGGCUCGGAAUCAGGAUAUCAGUUUUGGGACAGGCUCUGCCAUUUUAAUUGAUGCCCAAUCGCCAAAAUUCACAUGCCGGACAUCAUUUUCUACGUUACUAACAGAACACUCAACAACUUCCUAUGGAUCCGCUGUAUUCUCUUUCAGUAGUACCGGUGGACCAAAUGGCCAUGACUUUGCUUCUCCUGUUCUAACACUGCCGAGUUUUACAUUCUUCGGCUCGAGUUUAGUUGUUGAUCAAGGGAGUUAUGAAGUUGAUUUAUCUGUUACAACAUCUGAUGUAGAUUUACUUCAUAAAGAUGCCAGCGUGGAACAGGUGUUUAUGCUGUCAGACUCUCCUGUAGGCUUUGAGCAAGUGGUAAGAGAUAAGACAGCAGAAGUUAGAAAGAGUGGAUCAAAUGGAUCCAGAACCCUAGGCAUCCAGAGCAGGAGGAACCAUACAAUUGGUCUCGGCGAAUUUGAGCAGAUUGAUAUUGUGGUGACUGAAUCAGUUAUCCGAUGGGCAUCGUGCACGUGUCUUCCUACUGCCACAUCACUCAGGUCUUCUCUUGUCUGUUGAAAGUGUAGAUGAACUUGACAGUAGCUUGUGCUGAGAAAAAGAAUCGUUAACCAUUAUGUUUCACUUAAUGAGGUCACGUAACAUGUUAGAUUUCAUGAGCUUCUGGAUUAAACCCUCAAGCUUAUUCGCAACUCGCAAGUUUGAUUUUGGUAAUGUGGUAACACAAAAUGAUGUUUUCUUGAGUUACAAAGCUUUUGUUCAUCGUUAAUGUGAAGGGUAGUGAGUUAAUUGCU